AUGUUUAUUAACUAUCUCAUUCCAUUCAUGCUAGUGGCACCGCCGGUGAUCGCCAGAACUGGUCCCCAGGCCGUAUUCGCUCAUUUUAUUGUUGGAAAUGCCGCUGCCAUGACCCCCGAGCAAUGGGAGUCGGAUAUUCGAGACGCCCAGGAAGCCCACAUUGAUGGGUUUGCAUUGAACAUUGCGCCGCAGGACAGCUACACCGAUGAUGUCCUUGACAAGGCUUACACUGCAGCCGAGACCGUCGGCAAUUUCACCCUGUUCCUGUCCUUUGACUAUGGAUCUGGGGGGCCGUGGCCGGCGGACCGGGUGAUCUCCACGAUCAACGCGUACCGGAACAGAAGCGCGCAAUACAAUUACCAUGGAAAGCCUCUGGUGUCCACCUUUGUGGGCGCGGGCAGCGCAGAUGACUGGCCUUAUAUCAAACAGUUCGCCGACUGCUUCUUUAUGCCGUCAUGGUCCGACCUGGGGCCUGCGGGAACCCAAGCUUAUCUGGACACGAUUGACGGUGCGUUCAGCUGGGAUGCAUGGCCGGUUGGCGCACAGGGCAAGAAUGUGACGAGCGACCGAGAAUGGAUGCACGCCCUGUCCGGAAAGCCGUACAUGAUGCCGGUGUCCCCGUGGUUCUACGUCAAUCUCCCCCAGUGGAACAAGAAUUGGCUGUGGCGCGGGGAUGACCUGUGGCACACGCGAUGGGAACAGGUUAUGAACCUGCAGCCCGCUUUUGUACAGAUCAUUAGCUGGAACGACUAUGGGGAGGCCCAUUACAUUGGGCCCAUCUACGACGCCGGUAUGCCGGAUGGCUCUUCCAGCUACGUGUUGGAUCAUCCGCACGAUGCGUGGCGAGCACUUCUACCGCAUUACAUCGCAGCCUACCGAGGAACAAACACGACCGACCCGAGCCAGUCGAACGGCGAUCUGCCCGUUGCGGAUAAGAUUGUGUACUGGUACCGAGAGAAUCCGAGCCACGCUGGGAGCGCCAAUGGCACGACGGGAAACAACCCAGCCAUGGGCCAAGAGGAGAUGAUGCCGGGUCAGAUCGCGCAGGACCGCGUAUUUGUCAGCGCCACGGUAGAAGAUGCCAGUGAGAUCUUUGUCCAGAUUGGAUAUUCGCCGCCGACCGUUCUUCAGGCGUCAGGGCCGGGGAUCAACCACUUCUCGGUGCCGUUCAAUGGACAGACGGGGCCGGUGAGGAUCGUGAUGAUGCGCAACCAUCGCGAGGUGGCGGCGGCGGUUGGGCCGGCGAUCACGGAGGAGUGCAAAGAUGGCAAUGUGAACUGGAAUGCGUAUGUGGGUUCGAGCGACUAG